GGGCGGGGCAGGAAAGCUCGGCCCUCAGUGUCAGCUGUGGAGGAGUGGGGUGGAGAAGGGACUUCGGUCGGUCCGGCAGCGGCGCAAGCUUUUAUGGAGUUCAGAGUGUCUUGUAAGUGAACCAGACAAGCAAAAUAUCUGAGCAGUAUCCAAAAUCUUUACCGCUCAGAGAAAAUGACUGCAAUCAAGCAUGCCUUACAGAGGGACAUUUUCACUCCAAAUGAUGAACGCUUAUUGAGCAUUGUUAAUGUUUGCAAAGCAGGAAAAAAGAAGAGAAACUGCUUCUUGUGUGCCACAGUGACGACUGAACGCCCGGUGCAGGUGAAUGUAGUAAAGGUGAAAAAGUCUGAUAAAGGAGAUUUCUACAAGAGGCAGACUGUGUGGGCACUUCGAGAUCUUGUGGUUGUUGAUGCCAAGGAUGCCAUCAAAGAAAAUCCUGAAUUUGACCUACAUUUUGACAAGGUGUACAAAUGGGUCGCCAGCAGCUCUCCAGAGAAGAACACUUUCAUUUCAUGUAUUUGGAAACUCAAUCAGCGUUAUCUUAGAAAGAAGAUUGACUUCAUAAAUGUUAGUUCUCAGCUUUUGGAAGAAUCUGUUCCAAGUGGAGAGAAUCAGAAUGUGGCUGGGGGAGAUGAAGAGGUGGUGGAUGAAUAUCAAGAGUUAAAUGCAAGAGAGGAACAGGACAUUGAAAUAAUGAUGGAAGGCUGUGAAUAUGCCAUUUCUAAUGCUGAAGCCUUUGCUGAUAAGCUGUCCAGGGAGCUUCAAGUGCUAGAUGGGGCAAACAUUCAAUCGAUUAUGGCCUCCGAGAAACAGGUUAACAUCCUAAUGAAACUUCUUGAUGAGGCGCUGAAAGAAGUGGACCAAAUUGAAGUGAAAUUGAGCAGUUACGAGGAAAUGUUGCAGAGCGUGAAAGAACAGAUGGACCAGAUCUCAGAAAGCAACCAUCUCAUUCAUCUUAGCAACACUAACAACCUGAAGCUGCUGUCUGAGAUAGAGUUCCUCGUUAACCAUAUGGAUUUGGCAAAAGGUCACAUCAAGGCCCUCCAGGAAGGAGAUCUCUCAUCGUCUCGGGGCAUUGAGGCCUGCACUAAUGCGGCAGAUGCUUUAUUGCAGUGUAUGAAUGUAGCUCUUCAGCCAGGGCAUGACAUGCUCCAUGCGGUCCAGCAACAGCAGCAUCGAUUCAGUGACCUGCGGGAGCACUUUGCACGGAGACUGGCCAGCCAUCUUGAAAGUUGUCUUCUGUCAAAGGGUCAUGACCAAAGCUCUACUCUCGCUCAGCAUUCUGCGGAGUUAACACUGCCAAAUCAUCACCCCUUUCACAGAGACUUGCUCCGCUAUGCUAAACUUAUGGAGUGGCUGAAGAACACAGAUUAUGGAAAGUAUGAAGGACUGACAAAGAAUUAUAUGGAUUAUUUAUCACGAUUGUAUGAGAGGGAAAUAAAGGAUUUUUUUGAAGUUGCCAAGAUUAAAAUGACAGGUGCAACUAAGGAAGGAAAGAAGUUUGCUACACUGCCUCGAAAAGAAAGUGCUGUCAAACAGGAGACGGAGAGUCUUCAUGGAAGUUCUGGAAAAUUGACAGGUUCAACUUCCAGCCUAAACAAACUCUCCGUCCAGAGUUCAGGAAACCGCAGGUCUCAGUCAUCCUCGUUACUGGAUAUGGGGAAUAUGUCCACAUCUGACCUUGAUGUGGCCGACAGAACAAAGUUUGAUAAGAUCUUUGAACAAGUACUGAGUGAACUGGAGCCCUUGUGUUUGUCAGAACAAGACUUCAUUAGUAAAUUCUUCAAACUUCAACAGCAUCUUAGCCUUCCUGGAACAGCUGUGGGUGAUGCUGAAGAGAUGGAUGGAGGAACUUUAUCCAAGUCGCAUAGUGCUGGUGGUCCACAGUCAAUAUCCUCUGAGAACCACAUGAUCCGGCAGAUGAUGAUAAAAAUAUUUCGCUGUGUUGAGCCAGAACUGAAUAACCUUAUUGCUCUGGGGGACAAGAUUGAUAGCUUUAAUUCGCUUUAUAUGCUAGUGAAAAUGAGUCACCAUGUGUGGACAGCACAAAACGUGGACCCUACCUCCUUUCUCAGCACAACGCUUGGGAAUGUUUUAGUGACUGUCAAGAGGAACUUCGAUAAAUGCAUUAGUAAUCAAAUAAAACAGAUGGAAGACGUAAAGAUAUCAAAGAAGAGUAAAGUUGGAAUUCUUCCCUUUGUGGCUGAAUUUGAAGAAUUUGCAGCACUUGCUGAAUCUAUUUUCAAAAAUGCAGAACGUCGAGGAGAUCUAGAUAAAGCCUACCUAAAACUCAUUAGAGGCGUUUUCACUAAUGUGGAAAAAGUAGCAAAUGAAAGCCAGAAGACACCCCGGGACGUGGUCAUGAUGGAGAAUUUCCACCAUAUCUUUGCAACGCUGUCCCGAUUGAAAAUCUCAUGUCUGGAGGCCGAGAAGAAGGAAGCGAAACAGAAGUACACCGAUCACCUUACGUCUUACGUCAUCUACUCUUUGGGACAGCCACUUGAGAAAUUAAAUCAUUUCUUUGAGGGUGUCGAAGCUCGUGUAGCACAAGGUGUGCGAGAGGAAGAAGUGAGCUACCAGUUGGCCUUUAAUAAGCAAGAGCUAAGGAAAGUUAUAAAGGAGUAUCCUGGGAAGGAAGUGAAAAAGGGAUUGGACAAUCUCUACAAGAAGGUGGAUAAACAUCUGUGUGAAGAGGAGAACCUACUUCAGGUGGUGUGGCAUUUAAUGCAAGAUGAGUUCAUACGCCAGUACAAGCACUUUGAAGGCUUAAUCGCACGUUGCUACCCUGGAUCUGGAAUUACUAUGGAAUUCACUAUUCAGGACAUUCUGGACUACUUUUCUAGUAUUGCACAGUCUCAUUAAUAUCUGCAGAGGGGUAAAGCGAGAUAAGCUACCAGAUGUGUACGGAAGGGUGUGCUUUGAGAGAGAGAGUGAGUGAGUGUUAAGGGUUUCCUUAAUUAACCUGACGCCUAUUGAUAGGUUGCCUCAGCAGAAGUGUUGAUGGCUUACAGGAUAAAAACAGAGUUAAAAACAGACGUUUUGUCACACGAUUUAAUUUAUGCAUAAGAUUUAUUUUGCAUUUUGGCCAUUCUCUAUAUUUCUAAAACAUUAGAUAUCAAAAUCACCUGCUUUCCCCUACAUGCUGUAGCUCCCAACGGAUUAUAUUCAUUUUGAAGUUAUUGUAAAGGGCUGGGUAAUUUUUUUUUUCUUGUUUCAAAGUUUAAUAUAUGGUUCCACGGGACAUCCAUGUUACAUCUUUAAAGAACUACUGUACAUGUAAGUCUUUCUGAUCUUAAAU